AGGUUUGUCCAGUCGCGCUAAAAGCGGCACGUUUGUUGCGUGGUAGCGCCCAUAGCCGACGACACUUGAUAUUGAUCCCUCAAGGAAAACACUCCGAGUCUGCCAUUGAGGACCAAUUCAUAUCCUCAACAUGUUCGUCCUUCGGCGUCAGGCUGUUCAAUCUGCCAGAGGCAUUAGAACAGCCCGUUCAACCGCCCAAUUCUCCUCAUCGACCUCCCGAACCGCCCAUGAAGCAGGCCACGGCCAUGCAGCUCCAAAGGAUGAGCCUCUAGGACUCUCUGUCUAUAUGACACUCGCUGCUAUUCCCGCCGUCUACAUCGUCUACUCCCUAGCCCAGCCCUCCGUUGAUGGGAAGAAGCCGGCUCUCGAGAGGCUCAUCAACAGCUACUCCCACAUCCAGGAUACAUUUGCUGCCAGAAACAAGCUCCACACUGCUGCAAUUGAGCAGGCUGCAUUCGACCGCAACCUCUUCCAAAGCGACAGGAAGACAGAACACAUCAACCUCCGGUUCCCUGAAACCUUCAACACAGGGUCUCCACAUAACGUCAUCGCUGGCCAGGGCCCAAGGGAUAUCGAGAAGCUUGUUGCCCAUUAUGAGCAGUUGAACAAUGCGGCUGAGGAGAAGAAGGUCCUCGCAAGGCAGGCCUGAAGUCGGUGACAUAGAAGAAAUAGAAUACCCCUUACCAUAUGAUGCUGCCAUUAUUUGUGUCCUAACUUCUAGGC